CCCCGCGAAGCCUGUGCUCAAGCUUCCUGCUCGACCUGGCAGCAGCCCGUCUCCUCCUGGUGCCCCUCCUCCGGCCCUGUGUUUUCCUCAGCAGGUCCAGCGCAACAGUUAAGCUGUGUCACUCCAAGCAGCCUGCGCCUAUGAGAUCCUGAGAUGAAGUCACAUGAUGAUGGAGAGAGGAGAGAGGGACAGUCAGACAAAGAUUAACUAUGAAUGGGAGAUGACAACAGACUCAGACAGACACAGAGACAUACUCGUACUCCUCUCCCUUUGCUGUAGCGCACACUACUACCGCUGCAGUCAUAACGAUACAAGUGGAGAUGAAGAGAGGAGCGAAUAGAGGGGAGGAUGGUGGAGUGAGGCAGGGCGGGGCUGCUGAGUGACGGACUGAAAGGGCGAAAGGCAGGACAGGGAGGAAGCUGCUCAACAGACGACCAAAUAACAGAAGGAGGAGGAGGAGGGAGAAAGAGAGAGAGAGAAUAUGUGUAUCCACAGGGCGUGAGUGCCGGCAGCAGAGGAGGGGGGGGGGCUUCCAGACUGGAUGGGCCCAGCGAUGCCUUGAUGGAGUAUGGGCCAGGUUUUAGGAUUCUCCCACUGCCAGGAAUAUGGCUCUGUGGCAUCCACUCCAGACUCAACGCCACCGUGCACCGAUGGCGGAAACGAGGAGUCGGAGAUGUGUGAGCUGCAAACAGCCAGGGAGUGGUCUGACGAUGAGGAGGGGGGAGAUGAAGGUCCAGAUGAUGAUGAGGGACUGGCUUCAUCCCCAUCCAUCUGGGGCACGCCACGUCAAAACCCCUCCGAACUGACUUUUUCUUUCAUCGCCAUCGCCGAGGCAGAGGCGGUGGGAGCCUCACGACACCUCCGUGACCGACGCAGGGCGGGCUCUCGGGGAAGUCGCACUCCUCUAAUCCGCACGGACACCUUAGAAACACUGUUGGACUCCCCUGAUGUAGACUGGGACCCAGAAGCUUUCCUCAGUCGAGAGGAAGAAGAUGAGGUGCCAGAAAGGAGAGAACUUGAGAGGGUGGAGGCGAGGACAGUGAGUGUAGCGGGAACGAGGGAAAGAGAGCCGCACAGACAAACUGAGACUAUUACAAUCCAGCCCUCUCCCCAAAAUCUGGACCCAGAAACUCAGGGGAGAGAUGCAGCAAUCCAAAGAGAGGAGAUUCAGAGCAGUACGACCGGGACUGUCCAGCCUCCCUCUCCGCCCCCAUCUUCCCAGCAGCAGAGCCCCACACAGAUACUUCAGGCAGCAGCCUCACCGACCCCCGAGCCAGAGUCUCCCGUCACCAGGGAAACCAUCUCAGUCAAGCUGCUCACAUCUGUGCGACCCAGAGGCCCAGCAUCCUCGUCGUCAGCGGACAUUGGUCUAAAUUCUCAGGAACAGCUGGUCAGCGAUCACUGGUUUUCAGCACUUAACCUAUCAGAGGACCCGACAGUAUGCACCCACAUAGCAGUGAUGGACCUAAUUUACUGGAAGGACACAGAGCGAACGGGCAUGGUGCUAACAGGGCUGGUGGUGGGCCUGCUGUCCUUGUUCCAGCUCAGCAUCAUCAGUGUGGUCUCCACAGUCUCCCUGGCUGUCAUGUGCUUCACCAUCUCCGUCCGCAUCUACUACCAACUCCUCUACGCCCUCAGCUGGGGCGAUGGAGAGCACCCCUUCAAGUCAUACUUGGACCUGGACAUCAGUUUCAGUGGAGAGCAGGCUGACCUCUACAUGCAGAAAGCUAUCGUCAUGGCUCUGUCUGCUGUUGACACUAUGAAGAGACUCUUUUUUGUUGGAAACCUUUUUGAGUCCAUCAAGUUCCUGGUUCUGAUGUACCUUGUGACGUACCUAGGAGACCUGUGCAAUGGCCUUACUCUGAUCAUCAUCAGUGUGAUUGCUGUCUUUUCUUUGCCACUUUUCUACAGACAACGCCAGGAGCAAGUGGACAACCUCUUUGUGAAAAUCCAGGCCCACAUUGACAACAUCAAGGACUUCUUUAAAAGGCUGGCCCAGGGCGGUGGCCCUCCUCCUGACCCAACUCCUGGUGGCGCCAAACCCAAAAUCCAGUAAAUACCGAUGAACAAGAACUUAAAGACAAGAUCCCAGAGUUACAGGCUGUCACUCAGAUGUCUUACCCAGCAGUCUGUGCUCAGAGCUCCAGAGAACAGAGCAUCAGAGACUGGGGAAGGGAAGGGAUGUUACUUAAAGAGACAAUGAUGAGGAUUACGCAUGGUACUUUAUACUGACUCUAUCUAAGUUGUGGGGUUAGAGGUUGGGGUUGGGUUCAAACUUAAUCAAGGUGAAAUCAAGGUGUAUGAAUCUUGGAUGAGACUUUUGCUGCUGAUGACGUCAGAGAUGGAAAGACACACCAGUACGGCUCGUCACGUGUGACCAUCUUUGGAAAUAUUUAUUGUUUUUAAAAUGUAAAAAUGAUUCAAGAAGUGUCUUAGAUGGAGCUGUGAUCCAAAUGAGGUACUAAGACCAGAAAAGGGAAGUUCCCACUCCGACAGCUACACACCUGGGAAAUAGGAAGUCAGUUUUUAAGGUCAUUUAGGCUAAAGGACAAAAAAAAAAAAACUGGGGAUAUCAUCAUUUAUGGCAGCAUAAAACUGGCAAUUAAGAAUGCAUGUGUCAGCACAUGUACUUUUCUGAAUGCAUAUUCAUUCUCAUGACUGUUUAUCUGUGUAUGCAAGUGUGAGUGUGUUUGUAUGUAUGUAAUUCCUGACAUACCGCUUGCUGAAAUGUUACCUACAAGCAAUUAAAGUCACAUUUCUUCUUUA